AUGUCAAUUCAACUAUAUAACGCGAUUGUUGAAGAUUUCAGUAAAAUUUCAACGUUUAGCCGCAAAGCUGAAAAUGAACUACGAAAGAAAUACAUAGAUUUACCAUCGGCAACAUUUGGCAGUAUCAUGUCACUUUUGGUUCAGAGGUCUAUGAAACAAAGUUACAGAAAGUCUCCUGUAAUUUCUAGCAAAUAUUACGAGUUAUAUGAAGAUUUAAUGCAUGAUAAGAGUAAAGGAGAUGUGAUAUUGAGACUUUCCGACAGCCAAGGAAUAAGUCCAGCGUUAUUAGUACGAUCUCUGCUCCAGAAUGUUUACCCAGAUUCUACACAAACAAAAAAAAUAAUCAAGGAUACUACACUAAUUGAAAACAAAGAUUUGGCAUAUCAAAUGUUUUUGGGCAUAAUGAAUGAUAAUCAAUAUGGUCCUUAUGCAGAUAUAGUAAAACAAUCCAUUGGACUAGAGUAUGAACUAAGACUAGAAAGGGAGUUGAGAUUGAUGAAUAUAACAUUUUCUGAUGAAAACAUUCUCAGAUCUAGAGGAUAUGACAAAACUCCUGACUUUAAAUUGGAUGUUCCAAUAGCUGUUGAUGGAUUUAUAGUUAAUUGGGUAGAAAGUAAAGCAAUGUUUGGAGAUGAAGAAAAUCACUCUGGCUACGUUAAAGAACAAUUAACAUGUUAUUGGAAUAGAUUUGGACCAGGUUUAGUUAUAUAUUGGUUUGGAUAUUUAGAAACUUUAGAUUUUACUCCGGAAAUAAACAAUAUGUUCAUUCUGCGGACACGAUUCCCGUCAAGAGAUAGAAUAACUCAAUAUAAAGCAGAAUUGUUAUAA